GGCUCUCAGGGUCGUGUAGUUUCCGGGGCCACGGCACCUGGGCACACCAGGUGGCGUCGCGCCUUUGCUUUCCUGAGCCUUCUGAGUAAGGUAAUGUAGUUUCCGUGGGGCGACGCCUGCGCACAAGACCACGUCGGGCCUCACUUUUCCCAGGCCUUCUGGGUAAUGUAGUUUCCGGGAUCGGCGCCCGGCCUAUGCCAGCUUGCAGAGCUCACCAGGUGCAGACCCCUGCGGCCAGGGCGAGGACGGAUCUGAGCAGCCGGGCAGCGGGUGCCGCCGCCUGCGGGACCAAGAGGGCUUGAGGACAUCUGCAAUGCUCCAGAAGCCCAAGAGCGUGAAGCUGCGGGCCCUGCGCAGCCCGAGGAAGUUCGGCGUGGCUGGCCGGAGCUGCCAGGAGGUGCUGCACAAGGGCUGUCUCCGCUUCCAGCUCCCUGAGCGCGGUUCCCGGCUGUGCCUGUACGAGGAUGGCACGGAGCUGACGGAAGACUACUUCCCCAGCGUUCCCGACAACGCCGAGCUGGUGCUGCUCACCUCGGGCCAGGCCUGGCAGGGCUAUGUGAGCGACAUCGGGCGCUUCCUCAGUGCAUUUCACGAGCCGCAAGUGGGGCUCAUCCAGGCUGCCCAGCAGCUGCUGUGUGAUGAGCAGGCCCCGCAGAGGCAGAGGCUGCUGGCCGACCUCCUGCACAACGUCAGCCAGAACAUCGCGGCCGAGACCCGGGCUGAGGACCCGCCGUGGUUUGAAGGCUUGGAGUCCCGAUUUCAGAGUAAGUCUGGCUACCUGAGAUACAGCUGUGAGAGCCGGAUCCGGAGUUACCUGAGAGAGGUAAGCUCGUACCCCUCCACGGUGGGUGCGGAGGCUCAGGAGGAAUUCCUGCGGGUCCUCGGCUCCAUGUGCCAGAAGCUCCGGUCCGUGCAGUACAAUGGCAGCUACUUCGACAGAGGAGCCAAGGGCGGCGGCCGCCUCUGCACACCGGAAGGCUGGUUCUCCUGCGAGGGUCCCUUUGACAUGGACAGCUGCUUAUCAAGACACUCCAUCAACCCCUACAGUAACAGGGAGAGCAGGAUCCUCUUCAGCACCUGGAACCUGGAUCACAUUUUUCCGGUCGUGCCCGUUAGCUGUGUGUUGGACCUUCUCAUUCUGCUCUCCUCAUGCUGUGCCUGCGUCUGGGCUGCUGUCUCACUGGGACUUUCUGCUGUGGACUCCAUCACGUCCCCCAAAAUUCAAUAGAAAAGAAACGCACCAUCAUUCCUACACUGGUGGAAGCAAUUAAGGAACAAGACGGAAGAGAAGUGGACUGGGAGUAUUUUUAUGGCCUGCUUUUUACCUCAGAGAACCUAAAACUAGUGCACAUUGUCUGCCAUAAGAAAACCACCCACAAGCUCAACUGUGACCCGAGCAGAAUCUACAAACCCCAGACAAGGUUGAAGCGGAAGCGGCCUGUGCGGAAACGCCAGUGACACAUACACACCACGUUCUGGUCUUUGUUUGAGGCCUGACGUGGGCAUCAUUUUAACAGGUGCCUUUUUUAUUUUUUUGUUUUUUGUUUUUUUUUUUUGGUCACUCCAGUAGCUCCUGGAAAAAACCUUAAAAAAUGUUUCCUGCAAAUCUGAUUUCAUUACAUUUCUGAAUUGUUGUUUUUUUUUGUUUUGUUUUGUAGACGGAGUUUCACUUUUGUUGUCCAGGCUGGAGUGUAGUGGCGCAAUCUUGGCUCACUGCAACCUCUGCCUUCUGGGUUCAAGUGAUUCUCCUGCCUCAGCCUCCCGAGUAGCUGGGAUUACAGGCAUGUGCAACCAUGCCCGGCUAAUGUUUGUAUUUUUAGUAUAGAUGGGGUUUCGCCAUGUUGGUCAGGCUGGUCUCGAACUCCUGACCUCAGUUGAUCCACCCUCCUCAGCCUCCCAAAGUGCUGGGAUGACAGGUGUGAGCCACUGCGCCCAGCCUGAAUCAUUUCUUAUACCUUCUGACAGCCCAACUUCCAGAGGACAGCUCUGGGGUACUCGCUGGAUGUCUGUGAGUUCCUGGUCAUACGGGUCAGCAGGGAUAAGAAUUGUCUCUGGGCUGAGGAAUUCUUCUGUUCUCUGGUUUCACCAGCGUUGGGUUUGCUCAUGUAAUGUGGUCACCAUCCUCAAAUUGUGUCAUGGCUGAAGUUGGCCACUCUUGCUUGAGGGACAAGUUGUUUAUGCAUCAGCUCUCUGCUGGGUCUCCCUUUCCAUGGCAAAUGGGCAGCUCCAUCCUCCUGACUCUUCUAAAUGCCCAAAAGAGGUGUCAUGCUUUGGGGGUACGAUGUUUGUACUCCAUAAAGAACAUACAAGAACAUUCACUGCUGAUUUUUUUUUUUGAGACAAGGUCUCACUCUGUCGCUCAGGCUGGAGUGCAGUGGUGCAAUCUUGGCUCACUGCAACCUCCGCCUCUCAGGUUCAAGUGAUUCUCUUGCCUCAGCCUCCCAAGUAGCUGGGAUUACAGGCACCUACCACCAUGGCCAGCUAAUUUUUGUAUGUUUAGUAGAAACAGGGUUUCACCAUGUUGGCCAGGCUGUUCUCGAACUCCUGACCUCAGGUGAUCUGUCCGCCUGAGCCUCCCAAAGUGCUGGGAUGACAGGCAUGAGCCACUGCACCUGACCUGCUGAAUUGUUUAUAAUGGCAAAAAGUAGGAAACCCCCCAAUGUCUGUGAGUAGGGCCACAGCUAUCACUUUGAACCACAUGAAACUGCCGUUUUCUAGGCCAAAAAUGGUCAGCGAUCAUUUAUUUCAUGAUUCAACCUGAUACAUUUACAUAGUGCAAAACUGUGUCGCAGUUUCAAGCUUUUAUGAGGAAAGUGUUUCUGUGUAGAAACUGGAAGCUGCUCAGGGCACCGGCAGCUGAACCCUGCUUCGAUGAUCAGCGUUACUAUCAUCUCAGAUCACAUGGAGCUCAUGUCAGCCGUGUGGGCGGCGGGUGCACAGAGACAGUCUGGAAGGAAACACGCGGAUCUGAACAGCAGUAAUCCUGGGGCAUACGGGGGCAGGGCUGGAUUACAGAAGGCUCAUUUUCUAUGUUAUGUAUUUUCUGAUACUUGAAUUUUUUGAAAUGGGCAUUUAUUUUAUAACACGUUAAAAUGUACUUUUUAAAUUAAGUCAUUUUGUAAUUGAAUUUUUACAUUUGUUGUACAAUCAGGAAAAGCAAUAAAGAUUUUUCAAAAAUAGACAUGUCAAAAAA